AAGCUUCCGGUUUGAUAGUAUACCGACCUCGCAUCUAAAUGUUGCUCAGUAAAAAAUAAUAAACGUGAUGCCAGCAAUUUGCACCGUUUGCUCUAAAGGAGCGAUCCUUAAAAGACCGAAAACGGGCAAUGCUUUGUGCAAAGAAUGCUUCUUUCAUGCUUUUGAAGAAGAGAUUCACCAUACCAUUGUACAUGCUGAGUUGUUCAAACGUAACGAGACCAUUGCAAUUGGGGCCUCUGGAGGGAAAGAUUCCACAGUGUUGGCCUAUGUGCUGAAGUUGUUGAAUGAUCGCCAUGACUACGGUGUCAAUCUGGUGCUGUUGUCAGUGGACGAGGGCAUCACUGGGUACCGCGAUGACUCACUAGAGACUGUGAAAAGAAAUCAAGAGCAGUAUGGUUUACCACUGAAGAUAAUAUCAUAUGAGGAACUCUAUGGCUGGACUAUGGAUGCCAUUGUGAAGCAGAUUGGGUUAAAAAACAAUUGUACCUUCUGUGGGGUGUUCCGUAGACAGGCCCUGGACAGAGGAGCCUUGAUGCUGAAGGUGGACAAGAUUGCUACAGGUCACAAUGCUGAUGACAUUGCAGAGACAGUUAUAAUGAAUGUGUUGCGUGGCGACAUUGGCAGGUUAAGGCGCUGUACGGCAAUCACCACGGGUACUGAUGGUGCGUUACCUCGCUGCAAGCCUUUCAAGUACACCUAUGAAAAGGAGAUAGUCAUGUAUGCAUACUUCAAGAAGCUUGACUACUUCUCCACUGAGUGUAUCUACUCACCUAAUGCUUACAGAGGUUUUGCAAGAGCCUACAUAAAAGAUGUAGAGAAGAUCAGACCCAGUGCAAUCAUUGACAUUAUUCACUCUGGUGAGAGCCUCUCUGUGAAGAAGGAUAUAAGGCUGCCAGUGCAAGGUGUGUGUGAGAGAUGUGGGUAUAUCUCUAGCAACGCUGUGUGCAAGGCCUGUGUGAUGCUAGAGGGGCUGAAUAAAGGGCUGCCGAGGCUGGGCAUUGGAAAGACACACAAGGAGAGGAGAAAGAUGCAGGAAAUGCUACAGCAAGAAACUGGUGCUGCUGACUCUACUCCAUGUACUGACCAAUCACUGAAAUCUUCAUGUAAAUGUGAAAAUAAAACUGACCAAUCAGAAUGCAGCUCACAGACAUAUGACUCAGACAAUGCCUCAGGCUGUUCUACAUAUAGCAAAUCACAGAAAUGCAAGGAUGGUUGUUCCUCAACAAACCCUAGGACUGUUGCGAAGGAGAAGUUGUCCAUAUUUGGCAAACUAAAGCAACCGCCUUCCAUAGACUUUUAAAGGCAUGUUACUUGUUGCUGUUCCCUCCUUGUUUAGAAAACUUUUUGUUAUUUUCUCCCAGUUUGCAUGCAAUCAUUCAUAUAUGUUACAAACAUCAGUUAGCAGCUCUUUCUGUGGACAUUAACUGAUGUUAACCAAUUUCAUUAUACAGAGUUUAAGAAAGUAUAUGAGUUACUUUGUUGGUAGGCUUUUAUACCCCCACAAACAAAGUUUAGGGGGGUAUAUAGGAGUGAACUUGUCUGUCGGUCGGUCUGUCUGUCGGUCCGUAUUAAAUGUCCGCUCCCUAAUUCAAGUAGUUUUCAUUCCAUCUUCACCAAACUUGGUUAGAAGUUGUAUCUACAUGAUGUCUAGGCCAAGUUCGAACAUUGCCCUGUCAAAAACUAGGUCACGGGGUCACUUAGUGCGUUUUAAACAUUCAGUAUGUUGUCCGCUAUCUAAUUUAAGUAGUUUGCAUCCGAUCUUCACCAAACUUGGUCAGGAGUUGUAUCUACAUGAUGUCUAGGCCAAGUUCGAACAUAGGCCUUGCCGGGUCAAAACUAGGUCACGGGGUCACUUAGUGCGUUUUAAACAUUCAGCGUGUUGUCCGCUCUCUAAUUCAAGUAGUUUUCAUCCGAUCUUCACCAAACUUGGUCAGAAGUUGUAUCUAGAUGAUCUUAAGGCCAAGUUCGAACAUGGGCCUUGCUGGGUCAAAAACUAGGUCACUGGGUCACUUAGUGCGUUUUUUAACAUUCAGCAUGGUGUCCUCUCUCUUAUUCAAAUAGUUUUCAUCCGAUCUUCACCAAACUUGGUCAGAAGUUUUAUCUAGAUGAUCUGAAAGCCAAGUUCUAACAUGGGCCAUGCCAGAUCAAAAACUAGGUCACAGGGUCACUAAGUACGUUUUGCACAUUGAGCAUGGUGUCCGCUCUCUAUUUCAAGUAGUUUAAAUCCGAUCUUCACCACACUUGGUCAGAAGUUGUAACUAGAUGAUGUGUAGGUCAAGUUCGAACAUGGGCCAUGCCAGGUCAAAAACUAGGUUACGGGGUCACUUAGUGUGUUUUAAACCUCACUAUGUUGUCCGCUCUCUAAUUCAAGUAGUUUUUAUCCAAUCUUCACCAAAAUUGGUCAGAAGUUGUAUCUUGAUAAUUUCUAGGGCAAGUUUGGAUAUGGGUCAUGCCAGGUCAAAAACAAGGUCACGGGGUCACUUAGUGCGUUUUAAACAUCACAAUGUUGUCCGCUCUCUAAUUCAAGUAGUUUUCAUCCUAUCUUCACCAAACUUGGUCAGAAGUUGUAUCUAGAUGAUGUCUAGGUCAAGUUUGAAUUUGGGAUUUAUUUAUUUAAUUGAAUUAUUAAUUGUUCAACAUAUUUUAUUAGUGUGGUUGAAAACACCGACAUGUUUUUACAACCGUUUUAUUUUUUCUCUACAUGCUCAAAAAUGCAAGCAGCUUGAAUUCCAAAUUAAAAAUAACAACAUUUCUUGAAAAAAAUUCUGGUAAUUUAAAAAGCAAGUUUGGACAUUAGUUUAGUAGUAUUAAACAAUAUUAAAAGUAUAUAUAACAUACAUAUUAUAUUUCGGCAAUCAUACAAUAGUAAGAUAUCAGUUUUCUAGGACCAUAAGGGCCCACAUCGGGUCUCUUGGCGUUCAGUCCAUUUUGUCGCCAUCUCUGGACUGUCCUCUUUGUAUGGAACUGUUCACCCCUGCCAGCAAUUUUUAUCCUCAUGAGCUGAUCGAUGUAUUAGCAACUAAAUGAACACCUCCAGUCAUCUCAGUGGAUUUUGUCCCUGAAAGUGUUCUGUUCUGCCAAUGUAAAUUGUAACAUCUUUCCAUUCAGAUUCUGCUGAAUCCUAUAUGGCAACCUGCAUUCAACAAUGGAACUUUGGAAUGAUCACAUAGUAACUUAAUGUUUUAAUUACUGUAUACAAGUAAUUAUUUUUGGUCAUCUUCACAAUGCCAAUUCUUGGGAUAAAAAACGUAGCAGCUCAGAGAUAGUGGAUAAAUGUAAAUAUUGAAAAGCCUACUCUUUAAACAAUCAAUGACUGACUACACAAGUCGUCUCGUUUAAUUUUAAACAGUCUCAUAAUUGAUCAAAUUUGUCAAUGUUCCACCUUCAUUCUUCUUUCCAUUUUCAAGUACGGUUCUAAAGUCCUGCAGGUUUUCACCAUCAUGAUCAGCAAGAUGCCGCAAAGAUUAAUUUGAUGUUUGCAGUUUAGUUACUGCACUUAUAAAUGGUUACAUCUUUCUUCCGAAACUGAAGAGAAAUCUUGGAAAUAUCAUUCACGAAGUCUUUCAUGAAAUGAAUUAACCAAACAAA